AUGUGUGAACAGAGCAGCACCGCGGUGCAGUCAUUGUUGGACGCGGAGGAGGCGGGUGCUGCAGGGCGCUAUGACGCGACGCUGCCCUCGCCCGAGCAUUGCUGCGCGCGCGCCGCCGCGCUGCACGAGCUAUGUGCAUUGCGCCGCCACCACCAGCCCGCGCUGCGCUCCGCCGCCGCAGCGCUGCUGGCGCGCACACAUACACCGCUGCAGCACAGGACACCAAUACAAAUCUACGAGGAGUACGACGGCUCGCAGAUGGCGUUCAAACCAGCAAUCCCACCUCCCAAACGGAACGAGCUGAUCAACAAGCGACCGCAACACGCCCACGCGUGGGCACAGGGUGACUUCAAGAAACAUUGUGAAUCCAUCGAGAAUAGCGUGCAGUUAAUUUUCAGCGAGAAUGUAAGAUGA